AUGGAUGUUGUUGGGCAAUAUUUGGCUACAAAUGAUUUUAAGUUCAAUUGCUGUUCAAAAUCAGUAUUUCCUGAAGAAAAUCAUGUGAAUGGGUACAAAAUGAAUCAUGGCUUUAAGGAUUUAGAUGUCCUUUCAAAUGGAUCAUCAUCCACUGUUGAUGAUAAAGAAAAGGAUCAUUCUGAUGAAAUCCUCAAGUUCAUAAGCCAAAUGCUUAUGGAAGAAGAGGAUUUAGGAAAUAAGCCAUGUAUGCUACAGGACUCCUUGGCUCUCCAAGCGGCCGAGAAGUGUUUGUCUGAUGUCCUCAAUGGCAAGUCCCCUUGUUCGUCGAUAGGUGAUCCAUUCACACAAAGCCCGAAUGGUAAUUUAUCGAAAACCUGUAGUGCAUUUAGUAGUGGAAGUUCAUUGGAUUCAAUUGAGUCGAAAUCGUACCUUAAUCAGGAGGAUUUUGAGCCUUUGAAUCAGUAUCCUUCACUGUCAAAUUUACAGUUAAAUCCGCAGUCAUUUGGCUCCUCAAACAGUGUUGAUGCUGCUGGUUAUGGGCUGAAUGCCUUUUACAUGAAUGCAUUUCGGAUACAAAAUUCUUUGAGUGGAAACAAAUUUGGUUUGAAAUCUACUGGCGGAGGAGGAGAAAUCGCUUCCUUCCGCCCCAACGAUGGCUUAUUUGGAACUGAUCUGAAUCCUAGGAAAAAGGCGGGUGAAUCUGAGGGUGCCGUGGUGGAAAAUGGAGAAUAUCUAUCACAGAAUAAUUCCAGAGAAAAGAAAAACCGGUAUAGGGAAGAGGCUGCUUUUUCAGAAGAACAUAGGAGUAGCAAACAGUUGGCAAAUAAUAAUGGUGAGACGGAGCCAUUAGAGAUGUUCGACAAGGUGUUGCUUUGUCCGGCUGUGGAAAGUGACACUAAGAAGUUGUUCCAGCAGAACAGGCAGUUGACAGUAUCAAAUCGAGGAAGGCCACGAGGUGGAAAGAAACAAGGUUUUCAGAAAGAAGUGGUGGAUUUAAGGAGUCUCUUAAUGCAAUGUGCACAAGCCGUUGGAAGCUACAACAGUAGGACGGCUAACGAGCUUCUAAUCAAGAUAAGGCAACAUUCUUCUACCCAUGGCGAUGAAACGGAAAGACUCGCACAUUACUUUGUGAAGGCCCUCGAGGCCCGUAUGGCUGGCACCGGAACAGCAUCCUAUACGGCUUUUGGUUCCUCGAGGAUAUCGGCUUCUGAAAUCUUGAAAUCUUACCACACAAGUAUUACAGCCUGCCCACACAAGAAGAUGUCGAAUUUCUUUGCAAACAGAUCCAUCAGGAAAUUAGCUAAUGGAGCGAAAAGACUUCACAUCAUCGAUUUCGGCAUUUUGUAUGGCUUCCAGUGGCCCUGCUUUAUAAAGACUCUUUCAGAACGACCCGGUGGACCGCCAAAGCUUCGCAUCACGGGAAUAGAUUUUCCCCAACCGGGUUUUCGCCCUGCAGAGAGGGUCGAGGAGACUGGGAUUCGCCUUACAAAAUACUGCAAGAGAUUUAAUGUCCCGUUCGAGUUCAAUGCCAUAGCAAAGAAGUGGGAAACCGUCCAACUUGAAGAACUUAAGAUCAACAAGAAUGAGCUACUUAUAGUAAAUAGUUUACACCGUCUUCAUAAUGUGCCUGAUGAGACAGUAAUUGCGAGCAGUCCACGAGAUGCUGUUUUGAACUUGAUCAAGAGGAUCAAUCCUGAUAUGUACAUCGAAGGAGUAGUUAAUGGGACGUACAACACCCCCUUCUUUGUUACGAGGUUCAGAGAGGCACUCUUCCAUUUCUCGUCCAUGUUUGAUAUAUUUGAGGCUACUCUGCCCCGCGAGGAUCCUGAUAGAAUACUUUACGAGAAAGAGUUCUUUGGAAAGGAUGCAAUGAACAUUAUAGCUUGUGAAGGCACGGAGAGGGUCGAUAGGCCAGAGACAUACAAACAGUGGCAAGUUAGAAAUCUCCGAGCUGGUUUCAGGCAGCUUCCACUUGACCAGGAGAUCGUGAAAGCUAUCAGGAACAAGGUCAAAUUAAACUACCACAAGGAUUUUUCAGUGGACGAAGAUGGGAAGUGGAUGCUACAAGGAUGGAAAGGCCGGGUUCUUUACGCUCUUUCAUGUUGGCGGCCGGCCCAGAAGUGA